AUGUUCCGCGCUGCUACUCUUGCUGCUUUUGUUGCUGUCGUUUCGGCCCAGUCGCUGUCGACGGAAUGCACGAAUGCCCUGGCUGGCGUCGCUGCUGAUCCUGCGGCUUCGACCUGCUUGAGUGUUGGGUCUCUUCUACCCCUCCUCACACAGGGCGCCUCUGCCUCAGUCAUCGCACCCAUCAACACCUGGCUCACCAGCCUCUGCGGAUCUCCAGCUUGCAGCAACGAGACCUUGGCCUCAGUCGUGCAGAAUUUAACGGCGGGAUGUUCCACCGAGCUAUCUGGGAUAGGCUUCACCUCGGACUCGACUCCCCAAGUCACCAGCAUCGUCCAGCAGUAUUACCCGACCGUCCGCAAGGUUGUCUGCCUGAAAGAUGGAGAUACAAACUGCAUCACCCAAACCCUCACCAACAUUGAGGGUUCUGUUGGAACCCUCAGUUUCAACAACAUACUCCAGAUUAUUGCCAACCCACCCGACAACCUGCCAUCCAAUAUUUCGUGCACCAACUGCGUGAAAGAGGCCUACAACGUCAUCAGUACCGACGUCCCAUCCAUCGUCUCCGACGCUGACCCGGCGUUGCAAUCACAGUGCGGAGCUUCAUUCACCGAUGGAACCACGCCCUCUGGCAUCACCCAGAGCGCCAGUACUGCUGAUGGUGCCACCACAUCCACUGGUGCUGCCCUUGGCUCUGUAUCGAUGCUUUCCAACGGUGUUAUUGCAGGCUUGGGUGCAUCCGGCCUCGUUGUCAUUUCGACCUUGUUCACAUUCUUUGCCUGA